AAGAGAGAUACGUGCGUUGCAAACGGAUAUUCGCGUGAUGGGCCAUGAGCCGCUUCGAAGUGUGUGAGUAGCGAGACGAAGAACUGGUGACGAUCGAGUGGUGCGAGAAAAAGCAAAAUACGGCUGGUUGAUCCCGUCCGGCCGACACCAUGUUCCGCUCGAAGAAGGACGUAGACCGCCACGUGCAGCACGUUUUCUGCAAACUGCGGAAUGAGACCGAGAAAAAUCUUCGUUGUUACAAUAUUGCCAAACUGUAUUAUCAAGUAGGUGAUUAUGAAUCCACGAAGAGAUAUGUAUUUAAUUACUUAGAAAUACGAGACAAUUCUCCCGGUGCGCAUAAGUUGUUGGGUCAAGCGUACGAGGCUCUUGGUCAAAAGGAAGCAGCUUUUAAUGAGUACAAAGUUUCCCUUGAACUCGAGGGGAGGCAAGACGAUCUGGUCUUGAAAGUAUGCGAACUACUGGUUGACAUGGACAUAGGAAUGGACGUUAAUAAACUUAAGUAUUGGGUAGAAAGAGCUGACAAACUAUUUCCACAUCACCCGAUAGUUUUUCAAUUAAAAGAGAAGCUUUUGACUACAGAGAAACCGAACAACAGCAGCGAGGAUCUUGAAGCACUUAUCGCAUCUGAAUUGGCUGCGAGACCGACUGACGUGCAACUUCGUAUCAAAUUGUUAAAUUAUUACAUGUCGGAACGCAAAUUGGAUAAAGCUUAUGAACAUGCCAUCAGUGUAGAGGCCACUGUUUCUCACAGAGACAGCAUUGCAUGGUAUCAGCUGCUGUACGAAUUAUUAACAAAGUGUAAAGAGACUAAAUCCCUUGAUUGGUCUUUCUGGUUUUUCUAUAUAUCCGUAUCUGAUAAAUAUGCGGGAUUAUGUCUCAAGGAGCAAGGUGGCGAAAUGAAGAAAAGCAUUCCAGAGGCAACUCAGGCAGUAUUUAAUUUUGAUCAAAAUCUAAAUGAGAUGAAGUCGAAAAACUUUUCUAAGCAACACACCUUCACGGAGCACUUGUUUACGCACAUGUGGGGUCAAUUGCACUUCCAUUUGGCAUGUUUGCUAUUGCGUAAAACGAAACGCGAGCAAGGCAGUUGGAACGAAACGGGAAGACUGUGCUCGCCCCUGUUGUUGACUGCGUUACAUGUAGCUCCGUUAGAAAAUCGUAUACGCAUACAACUAGAAGAUGAUGGAUUUAAGAAUCAAUUCAAUGUAUGGAUUAUGGAGGCAGCAUAUCGAUGUUGCCAAGCUGGUUACAUUCUUCAAAAUUAUGCCAGGGAUGACAUAAAAAAGCUGAUGGAUAGAAUUGAUAAAUUUUGCACGGGACACUGGAGAGAGCGUAUUUAUCAGAGAAUUUUUGUGAUCAGGGUACAUAUCGAUUAUAUGAGGAAUUCAUUUUUUUGCUGUCAUUCAGCUCCUGAUCCACCUUUACGUAUAUGCACUGCAAAUCAACUAAGGACUUACAGCCAAAUCGCACAAGAGGUGUGGCCUGCUUCAUUGCAUCAUCAAAUUUGGCUUGGGAUGGAAAAUCGGCCUCAACACAAAGACGCUCCAUACCCGGAUCAGACCUCGCGUGUGUUCCCAGCGUUACAAUUUUCGGUAUUCAAUACGAAUCAGGCGGCACCCGACAGCCUAUGUCUUAUCGAUAUCGAUGCGUUCCUCAACGUGGCAAUACUCUGCUCAUCCGCCGUUUUGGAAGAACAGCAACUCGGUAGCUUCAUAAAUCCAGAGAAACUGCCGACACUGCCUAUCGAUCUUACCACGACACUGUCCACUAGUAAUCAGGAGAAAUGGUGGUCAGCGGCAUAUAAGAUGUACUCCAAACGAGAUGUAGAAGGUGACAUCGGUGAGUUACGACAGGAAUUGCAACAAGGUUUGGAAAUCAUUCGCUGCAUCGGUAAUCAUGGCAUGCAUCCAGUGUUAUUGGUGCAUCUAGCGCGCAUGUUCCAUUAUCGUGCGAAGACGAUGAAGGAGAAAGAUGAGGCGAAUGGCUACAUCUCUAGAUGGGAGGCACGUUCCGAGCUGUACUGGACCGCCGCUCUACCGCUGUUGGAGAGACUGCAGAACAAUCAAACGUUACGUAUGUCUCCAUCGAAAUUAUUCAAUUAUCAGGGCAAAGAAAUGAACAAUUUCGAGCUGACGAACGCUCUUGAGGAGGGCAAGUUGCUGUUGGCCCAACGACUCGUACGCGACAAACAGUAUGAGCAGGCAAUCGACGCGCUGCAGGCGCUUAAGUGCCCGGAAGCAUCGUUUCAGCUGGCACAGAUUUACAAAAUCUUCGCGGACGAAAUAGUGAAUUCCACGCCUCGGGAGAGUUUAACGUCGGAGAUGCGAUCGCAGCACAUCAUAAUGUUGUCAAAAGCGAAGAACUCUUACUACCUCACGCUCGACCGACUUCGUAGUCCGGGCACGAAUCCCAAACAUCCGCUGAACUCUGAGCUCGGCACUCACAUCACUGAUAUCGAAAAUGAGUUGAAGAGGAUAGAUCCAGAUUUAGGCAGGGGUGAACUAAGUAGGAAUGACGACGGUAUAUCCGACGAGAGUUAUUCACCCCCUCCCAGUGCCGUGGAUCAUGUCACAAAUCCGACAUUGCCGAUGCUGACGACGCUGACCGGUGGUUCGAAUAUGUUGAGCACCCCUCAGAGGAACACUCAUCGUACGCCGAAACAUGCCAGUACACCGUGCAAGUUGCAGGAUCAUCUGAAUCUGUCGAAGAACCGCGCGGAGGCACGUCCGAGCCCGGAGCGUCUCGAUGCUCAGAUACGUCAGAUUAUGCAGUCCCGGGACAACGAGAUACAGGACCUGAUGGAACAAAUGAAAAACAUGAUGACGCAUAUGAAGACAUUGAAUGACAAAGUGGACAAUCUAACAAAGGAAGUGGUUGAGUCGCGCAAAGAGAUUCAAAAGCACCAACAGCAGCAGCAGCAGCGUGUACAGCAGCAACAGAAUGUGAACCCUGUUAUUGAUUCCGAAGACUUCCUCGACGAUGAAUAUGUCGAUUUAUCCUAUUCGAAUCAACCGACCGUGCCAGUGUCCUCGAUUUCCGGUAACAUAUUUCCCCCGCAACAUGCUCGGCACCCUUACUCGUCAUUAAUGUAUCCUUCCGCGUUCCAGUAUUAUCAGGGAGGAUUACCAUUUACUGACCCAAACGCUCAGGCGACCAUAUCGUCCCUGUAUCCGCACACCGUCUAUCCGAUGCCAAUGCUAUAUCCUAAUCAGACAAAAGUGCCGGACAAUCCGCUGCAACAAGGUCUCUUUGCACCGACGCUUUCCUCGCAGCUGCCCGAUCUUAUGCCGACAGUCGUGACGAAUCCGUCGUUGCAGAUAUCGCUAAUGCAGAAAAUCGAAACACCAUCACGGACCAAGCCCGAAGCGACAGCAACGACGGCUACGACCACCACGACGAUUAUUAAAGAUGCACCUGUGAACAAAGCACCUCCUGUAAACGUGGUCAUCACGACAUCUGACACGCUACCGACCACGGUGCCGUCUACUCAACCGACUCUAAGUGUCACCAUACCACCGCAGUACCGACUAGAAGGUGGAGCAGCCAUCACUUUCCCCACUACGCCCAUAACGACGACGAUGACGACAACAAAAUCGUCAUCUUCCAAUGUGCCGCAUUGCUAUCAGAUUCCCAUGCCCUUGCAAGCAACCAUACCAACAACUGUCAACUUGCCACCAACCUCUACCUAUGUAACCCCGGCCAGCAUCAAUGUGCCGCCGAUGUACGCCAAUCUAACAACGUCACCGUCUAUUGUCACAAUGACGCAUACGACAAGCAGUGGUUCUUUGUUAGGCGGUCAAGAUAAUGCUACUAGUAGUAAGAUAUACGACAAGACUGAUAUCACCAAACCUAUCUACGAGCCGGUUGAAUCACCGAAUACAUCCACGGAAAUAUGCGAGGAGCACGAUCCGAUACCGAACUUCGUGCCUGUCAUACCAUUACCCGCGAAGGUGAAAGUCACUACCGGUGAAGAGGAUGAAGACACUUUAUAUUGCGGCCGAGCAAAGCUGUUCCGCUUUGUCGAUAAGGAGUGGAAGGAGCGCGGCGUCGGCGACGUAAAACUGUUGCGCAACACAGAAGGCAAGGUGCGCUUGCUGAUGCGUCGCGAUCAGAUCCUGAAGAUCUGCGCGAAUCACAUGCUGAGAUCCGAUAUGGAAUUGAGUCCCAUGACGAAUAACAACAAGGCCUGGUUCUGGGUCGCUAAUGACUUUGCCGAUGAGGAAGUGAAGCUGGAGAAACUUUGUAUCAGAUUCAAAACCGUGGAAGAAGCGAUGAUGUUUAAAGAGUCCUUUGAUCAGGCUAGAUUUAGCCUACUCGCAUCUCCGGAAAAGGUGUCCAAAAUUAGCGAAAAAGCUUUCUCUAGUGACAAAGACGCGUCCAAGAAAUCACAAUCGACACAACAAGCUAAAAUAAGUUCAACGACGGAAGUGGACAAAUCAAAAUCUAGCACGACACUAGGAGGAUUUUCUUUCAGUUCUAAACCUAUUAUUCAGGAAGUUAGCGACACAGAAACAAGUGAUUUUAAGAAGAUCGAAGAACCGCCGAAAGUUAGUCCGUUCAGCGGAUUUUCAUUCACCAAGUCAACCGGUAAAGCCGAGACGAAAAUUACGACCACUACUGCAACAAGCGUCGCUUCAACACCAUCUGCAAGCUUCGUUUUUGCCUCGACUCCGACGACGAACUCGCAGUCGUCUGUUCUAACGAGCCUGGCCUCCAAUGCAUCACCGAUGUUUGCCACUCCCACAACAACCGGUCAGAAUUCUACAACAUUGAGGAGACCUCGUUUGCCGCCACCCGGCGCCACUAAGGGAUCCACCGAUGAAACGCGACCGCAAACAGAAAAUGAGCAGAGAUUAUUUGUCGGAACAGCGAGUCUUCAAUGUCAAUGCGUCAAUACUAUGCAGUGGAAGAACAAGGGUACAGGACCAUUGAUGCUAUUGUUAAACGUGAAAUCUGGCAAGCUUCGUGUAUUACUGACGGAUGACGCAAGUUCCAAGAUCUAUAGUCAUGGAGUUCCGCUGGAUAUGGCGUUUACAUACAAGAGUGGCACUACAGUUGUCAAUUGGACCGUUCCGGGAGAUGCUAAAGAACCCGGUAAGACCUGGUCGUUACACGCCGCGACUUUCAGUACGCCGGAACUAGCAACACAGUUCUACAACAUCGUGUCGAGCUGCCAGCAGAAGCUAGCUAAAGGCAGUAGUCCGAGCGAAGUCGCGAAGGAGCUCGAGAAAAAGACUCAAACGUCAUCGAGCAAGAACAAAAGUCAAAAUGCCACCGAAACGAAACCACCGCCGUUGUCGGAAUUGUUUAAACCACCAACCGGUUCCUGGGAGUGUGGCAGUUGUUACACUAGAAACAAGGCCACGGACAUGAAAUGCGUAGCCUGCGAAGCUCCGUCGCCUUCGGCGGCGAACAAGAGCGGUUCUGCGGUCGUUAGCAAACCCGUCGAUUCCGGCAAACCACCGUUGUCGGAGCUGUUCAAGUCGCCCGCCGGCUCUUGGACCUGCACGGGAUGUUACAUCGUCAAUUCCGGGACAAACGCCUACUGCGUCGCCUGCGACAGUCCCAAGGAUCCGUCACAGCCGCCUAAGCCGCAGCAGGCCAACAUCUUCCAGCUGAACGCAUCCCCUGGCGCAACGUCCAUGACCACGUUUUCCUUCGGCAUUCCCCAAGUAAUGCACACCACCAAGGAAACCACCAAGGAAACGACUGGCACCGGUUUUAGUUUUCGCAUGCCGAAGGCGGAGGAUAAGAGUGUGAAUGAUAGCGCGACGGUGACUUCAACCAAACCUGAGGAGACCACAGACACCAACUUCGUAUUCGGUAUGCCGAUAAAAAGCUACGCGUUAAACACGAGUGACUCGCCGUUUACCUUCCAGCUGAGCUCGCCCACCAAGUCCUUCGGCUUUAACUUUAUGGCCAAGUCACCAGCUAAAUCGCCCGGCGGUGGCGGUGAGACCAGCGAGGACGAGGUGGUGGAGAGUGAAGAUGUCCACUUCUCGCCGAUCGUGCCAUUGCCGGACAAGAUCGAGGUGAAAACCGGCGAGGAGGACGAGGAGGUGCUCUACAGUCAUCGAGCGAAGCUCUUCAGGUUUGAUACCGCGGUGAAGGAAUGGAAGGAACGUGGAUUAGGCGACAUCAAACUGCUAUGUCACAAAGAAACCGGCAAAUUGCGGCUGAUUAUGCGUCGGGACCAUGUACUAAAGCUAUGCCUGAAUCAUAUGUUGACCAUUGACAUAGAGUUCACACCGAAAGACGAGAAAACAUGGCUGUGGACUACUGCGGAUUACAGCGAGGGUGAGAUUGAAUACAUGCAGUUUGCUUGCCGCUUUAAGACGGCUGAAAUCGCAGCGGAUUUCAAAAGAGUGGUCGACGACGCCAGGAUAUCGGCUGUCACUAUUAGCAGCGAUAAGAUGGAUAAACCCACGACGAAAACGUCGACGAAGAUGACUAGUUCACCAGUCAAGGAUAUCGAGAUUAUCUACGAGGCGAAGGUCACUCCGGAAGAGAAAGCGGCCGCCUUAAAGUUGCAGCUUCCAGAGAACUUCUACGCUUACAAGCAAAAGGAAGAUUGUCCGGGUUGUAGAGGCUGUAGGAAACCGAGCAUAGCGCUAUAUCCAGACAACGCUGGGCAAGACUCGACGAGGAAGUCCGUGCCUGAGGAACAGAAAGUGAUAACGCAAUCGCAAAUCGUCUCGAGAUCGUCGAGCGAUCCGGAGAGUACCGGCGAGACUACCCAGAGCGUAACACAAUCUGCGUCUGUGAAGAAUGGAUUCUCUUUCGCGACAUCCCCCGCGACGUUCAAGUCUCCGGCUGCUUCCACCAACUUCGACAGCUCCACGAUGAGCUUUGGUACCGGCGAUCUGAAACUGUUCAACGAUAAGAAAACCACGACUUUUUCGUUCGGCAUGAAUCCUCAGUUCGGUACCAACGAAACUGCGGAGACGGAUACCUCGCUUGAGAAUUUCAAGAUCUGUAGUCCCUCUAAUGCUCAAACGACGACAUCUGUAUUCAAAACGCCUAGUUUCGAAUAUACGCCUACUUUCGAUUCUGAGAAGAGUCUCUUUGGCGUUGCCUCGAAAAUGUCGAUCUUCGGUGAGAGCAGCAGUGACGGUUCCGUUUCUUCUUCCACCGCUACAAAAACGACCACCGCUACUGUCACUACAGCGAAUUCCAUUUUGAAGACGUCAACCGUAGUCACCACGUCGAUCACAUCCAAUCAGUCCUCUAACUCGGUGUUCGGCGCUAACGCCACGCCUUUCUCGAAGAUGACGUUCGGUAGCAACAAUACUUUGCCAUUCGGUAGCUCUACUACAACAACGACAAACAUCUUCGGUAGCUCUACAACGACGACAAACAUCUUCGGCGGAACAACCGCACCGACGACGACGACGAACUUCUUCGGUGGGAUAACGGCAGCGACGACGACCAACAUCUUCGGCAAGACAACGGCACCGACGACGAUGAACAUCUUCGGCGGGACGACGGCAGCGACCGCGGCGAACGUCUUCGGUACGACGACAAUAACGAAUGUUUUCGGUGCAACACCAACGUCGACUGUCUUCGACACGAAACCGUCAGAUGACAUCCAGAAAAACGAGAAUAAUUCCAUCUUCUCAGUGAAUGACGUGUCUUUCUCGGUGCUUGCUGCGGCGGCGGCGCAACCGGAGGCCUUCAAAGUCGAUCCUAACUUUUCAUUCGCUGGUGCGGGAUCAUCGGUGUUCGGCUCGAAAUCCGCUUCAUCACUCAAUAGCUCGACAAAUGUAAACAAAUCAUAUGAAGAUUCCGUGCAAAAGGAGAAUAAUGAAGAGGACGAUGGCGAAGAUAAUGAGCAGGAACACGAUCCUCACUUUGAACCUAUUAUACCUUUACCAGAUGCCAUCGAAGUCCGAACUGGCGAAGAAGAUGAGGAGAAAGUGUUCUGCCACAGAGCCAAGUUGUACAGAUACGACAAUGCUACGAAGGAAUGGAAGGAGCGCGGCGUCGGCGAGAUGAAGAUCCUGCAUCACGCGGACCACGGCAGUUACCGGUUGCUGCUGCGCCGGGAACAAGUACACAAGGUCGUUUGCAACUUCCUAAUCACUUCCGACGUAGAGUUCCAUCCGCUCUCCACGUCGGACCAGGCUUGGAUGUGGGCCGGCAUGAAUUACGCCGAGCAGGAACCGUGCGUCGAACAGUUAGCAGUCAAAUUCAAAUCGCCCGAUCUAGCUCGACAAUUCAAGGCGCAUAUUGAUAACGUUCAACAAGAAUUACGUGAUAAGAGAACUACUGAAGGUGAAAGAUGCAUUGGCGAAACGGAAGACAGCGAAGAGCACGACCGAGGCAACGACGUAGAGGAGGAGCAAGAGGAGGAAGAAGAGGACGAGGAGGAGGACGAAGAGGACGAUCAUGAGAUUCCUAUAAUCGAGAAACGUGCCACUGUGUUCGCGAGAUGGCCUAACGACACCAAGUGGGAAAGUGUGGGCUUAGGGAACCUGGCAAUCUAUUAUGAUUCCGAGAUCUACGCGGAAAGAAUCGUUCUGAAGCUUGACGACUCGGAGGAGUAUGCGAGCAACACCAUCAUCAGCAUGGAUACAGUGAUGCGGGUGGAAGGCAAGGAGUGUAUUUGGAGCGGGAUUGAUUACGCUUUGGAACCUCCAGAGAGGAGAGUUCUGAGGGCAGUGUUCUCGUCGGUGCAAGCAGCGCAACAGAUGCAUACGUUUUUCGAAGAUGGAGUGGACUGCGCGAAGCAAGCCGGUGUCGUCGAGUAUCAAGAAGCAGAAUGAAGAUCUUUAGCUAAUAAGUAGCUGCUAAUUGGCUGUUGUUACACAAUUCAUUACCUUCCUACUUUAGCGUAAAUGUUAAACGGGUUGUUUCUUGUCGCUCUUCUCAAGUUGUGAGAAUAAGUAAGGUAAAAUUGUAUCGCUACAUUUUUAUAGCUUUCUUUUUUCUUUUCUUCUUUUUUUUAUAGAAUCGAGACACACGGAGUUUGAUAAGUACAAUUGUCUAUGUAUGCACGCGAACAGGUGCAAGUUCCCGUAGUAAUAAUUUAUGUUCUGCGAGAAAUAUCUUAUUUAUAAUGAUUGCACAAAAAAUAGAUGAAGCAUCACGAUGUUUAAUUUGUUCAUUUUUUUAAAUACUUGUCUAUAUAAGAAAGUCUCCUCUUUUUUUUUUUAAAUAAAUAUAAUAUGUGCCAAAACUGAAAAUCGCUUUCUACUUUGCAAUGAAAGCACUCCGUAGCUAUACCGAUAACUAUUUUUAAAAAGCUGUCAGUAACUAUCUCGAAACUAUAUAUUUUUAAGUAGACGUUUGCAGAAAUCUCGGUGAGAAGCACGCGUUACAUGCUCACGAUUAUUAAUAAGAUAACAGCACAAAUACAACAAUAUUCAUGCUGAUAAUUUUCUACCAAUUUAAUUAUUACGUUGAAAAGGAGAUGGUCGAUGGUUGCGUUCGAUUGAAUUGCAAUAAAGAGUUGUUGCAGCACUCAAAUUAACAGCUAUUGUAAAUACCACGUAAUCUUAACAUGAUAAAAUGUAAUUGUAUAUCUUGGACUGAAAUAGGAAUUGUCGCGUGAAAAAAUAUGUAUACAUCAUCGAUAUAACGUGUUGUAACAUGUAACGUAAGAAUAUUAAACAUUUGAUCGAAAUAU